ACAGCGCCCUCUGGCGGCGAGAGCCGGCACUGCCUAGGGAAGGCGGAUCAGGUGAUAGACCCCUAAGGUCUUAUGGCCUCUGCGGGGGCGCAGAGAAGAGAAACGUGUGACUGCGAGAAGAAAGGCGGCCUGAUGGAUGCAGGCGCCCUUCUGGGAGGGUCACAGGGAGAGUCGGGGCCACGGCAGUCAGGGGGAGAAGAGGAACAUGGUAUGUUUAAAGGUCGGAACCGAGAUGCCCUUUUCAGAGGACGCCAUGAAGGAGAUGCCUCAGGGAGGGACGCUGUUGAAGAUGCCCAGAAGACUCGGCAUCUAAGCUAAACCCAGCACCCCGCACGCCCUGGCGCUGUCCCGAGCGCCCUUUGCUCCGGCAGACAGUCGGGUCGAGAACCGGCCGCUGAUUGGCUGCGGCGCCGGGCGGAAGUGAUGCCGCUGUCACUGGCUCCGGCUCCCGGGAAGCCGCGAGUUUCCGCUGGGAGGCGGCGGCGGCAGCUGCGGCCCGGCCGGUCUACAGCCUAUGCUCAGAAUCAACACUACUCAGCGAAGGUGACACCUUUGCUUCAGUUGCAGAAAAUGAGUGUAACGCAGUUAGCCAGACCAGGAACUCCACGUCACAGAGAGCCCAGCCUGCUGCUCUGAUGCCGAAGGGGAGGCAGAAAGUGCCACAUUUAGAUGCCCCCCUGGGCCUGCCCAUCUGCCUCUGGCUGGAAUUAGCCGGGCUCUUCUUAUUGUUUCCCUGGGUCAUGGGCUUGGCAGGGGCAGGUGGGCCCAAUGCCCAAGGCCCAGGGGGCCUCAGCUGGGCUGUGCAUCUGCACAGCCCAGAAGGUGAUCGGGAGGAAGAGCAUCUGGAGCAGCAAGCAGAUGCUGUGGCCCAGGCAGCAGGGCUGAUGAAUGCCGGGCGCAUCGGAGAGCUACGGGGCCACUACCUCUUUGUGCAGCCAGCUGGGCUCAGGCAGGCCAUGGAGGUGCAGGUUGUCCGGCAGCAGGUCGAGGCCGUGUUAGCUGGGCACAAAGCUGUCCACUGGCACUCGGAGCAGAGGCUGCUAAAGCGGGCCAAGCGCAGUGUCCACUUCAAUGACCCCAAGUACCCGCAGCAGUGGCACCUGAAUAACCGGCGGAGCCCUGGCAGGGACAUCAAUGUGACAGGCGUGUGGGAGCGCAAUGUAACUGGGCGCGGGGUGACGGUGGUGGUGGUAGACGACGGUGUGCAGCACACCAUCCAGGACAUCGCACCCAACUAUAGCCCUGAGGGUAGCUAUGACCUCAACUCGAAUGACCCUGAUCCCAUGCCCCACCCGGACGUGGAGAAUGGCAACCACCAUGGUACGCGGUGUGCAGGCGAGAUUGCUGCUGUGCCCAACAACAGCUUCUGUGCAGUAGGCGUGGCCUAUGGGAGCCGCAUAGCAGGCAUCCGAGUACUGGACGGGCCACUCACAGACAGCAUGGAGGCUGUGGCAUUCAACAAGCACUAUCAGAUCAAUGACAUCUACAGCUGCAGCUGGGGUCCAGAUGAUGAUGGGAAGACAGUAGAUGGCCCUCACCAACUUGGAAAGGCUGCCUUGCAGCACGGGGUGAUGGCUGGCCGCCAGGGCUUUGGGAGCAUCUUCGUGGUGGCCAGUGGUAAUGGGGGCCAACACAAUGACAACUGCAACUAUGAUGGCUAUGCCAACUCCAUCUACACCGUAACCAUAGGUGCUGUGGAUGAGGAGGGACGGAUGCCUUUCUAUGCGGAAGAGUGUGCCUCCAUGCUGGCGGUCACCUUCAGUGGUGGGGACAAGAUGCUCCGGAGCAUUGUGACCACCGACUGGGACCUUCAGAAAGGCACCGGCUGCACAGAGGGCCACACAGGGACCUCCGCAGCAGCACCUCUGGCAGCUGGCAUGAUAGCCCUCAUGCUGCAGGUGCGGCCCUGUCUCACAUGGCGCGACGUCCAGCACAUCAUUGUCUUCACAGCCACCCAGUAUGAGGAUCGCCAUGCAGAUUGGCUCACCAAUGAGGCGGGCUUCAGCCACAGCCACCAGCAUGGUUUCGGGCUGCUCAAUGCUUGGAGACUCGUCAAUGCAGCCAAGAUCUGGACGUCUGUCCCUUACUUAGCUUCCUACAUCAGCCCUGUGCUGAAAGAGAACAAGGCUAUUCUGCAGUCCCCGCACUCACUGGAGGUCCUGUGGAAUGUCAGCAGGAUGGAUCUGGAGAUGUCGGGGCUGAAGACCCUGGAGCAUGUAGCAGUGACGGUCUCCAUCGCUCACCCACGCCGAGGCAGCUUGGAACUGAAACUCUUUUGUCCCAGUGGCAUGGUGUCCCUUAUCGGCGCCCCCCGCAGCAUGGACUCAGAUCCCAAUGGUUUCGAAGACUGGACCUUCUCCACUGUGCGGUGCUGGGGGGAAAGAGCAAAAGGCACCUACAGACUGGUCAUCAGGGAUGUAGGUGAUGAGCCACUCCACUUGGGCAUCCUCCAGCAGUGGCAGCUGACCUUGUAUGGCUCCAUGUGGAGUCCAGUGGACAUUAGGGAAAGACAAAGGCUGUUAGAAAGUGCCAUGAGUGGAAGAUACCUGCAUGACAGCUUCACUCUGCCCUGCCCACCUGGACUGGAAAUUCCUGAGGAAGAUGGUUAUACCAUCACCCCUAACACCCUGAAGACCCUGGUGCUGGUGGGCUGUUUCACCAUCUUCUGGACUAUUUACUAUAUGCUGGAGGUAUAUCUGAGCCACAGGAAUGUGACUUCCACCCAAGGUUGUAGGAAUGGACUCUGCCACUGGCCCCAAAGGAGCCGAAAAUCCAAAGAGGAAGGGACAGAGCUAGAAUCAGUGCCACUUUGCAACAGUAAGGAUCUAAAUGAAACGGAGGCAGAGAACGGGAGCCCUCCCACCACCACUGACCUCCUUGCCCCAGACGUUCUCAAUGAAGGGGACUGGGCCCUGUCCCAGAACAACCAGAGUGCCCUGGACUGCCCUUAUCAGCACCGACCGCCAGACCUGUUGCAGAAGGAGGAGGAACAGAUUUGCUGACCUCAGGGUCUGGUAGACUUGGUGAGGGACAGGCUCUUCCUUCCCAGAAUUGGGGAAGCUGCUCCCAACUUUGAGGACCUCUGGGGAAAAUGUAGUCCUGAUGCUUACAUCUGGAACCUGAGGCCUCAACAGCAUUCUCUGGCUACCCUCAUGGAGGGUAAGGGCCUUCGUAAGUAAAAGCGGCAGAAGAUGGAACCAGAGGACAAUCUGGAGAGAGGAUAGGAUCCUGACUGGUUGCUUUCUAGGAGAAAGGCUUGCCAAGGGAUUGGCACUCAAAUAGCUGCCACCAUUUCUCUUGGCAAUCCAGCAACACAAGUCAUAGAGAUCCCUACCCAUGUAGUUUGAAAAGGUGCCUGCAUGGCCAGGAGAAUCCUCAACAGAAACAUCACUGGGAUCACUAGGAAGGAGUGUGGCUGGAGAUGCUGGCUGGGAAGGGCCCAGCCAUGACUGCCCUGAAAGCAGCGCCUUCUUUAGCCUUUCCCAGGAGUGCCAAGCUUGAACAUGCUGUGGCUCCCUUCGUCAUCACUCCUGCCCCUCCUGAAGGAUUGGCACAAUGCUCCUGGCAUAGCUGGGGAGAGUCAUGGCUCCCCAGGGCCCAUACUGCCUCAUUAGAGAAGUCUGUGGUGGCACUGAGGAGCAGGUAUGGGACAUGAGUGUUUUAGGAGAAGCCAAGGGAGCCACUGCCACUCCAGCCCUGUGACCACCCUGUCUUCCUCUGAAAAGUGCUCAGGGAAAAGCCCUUCCCCUGGAGACCUACCGUCUACAACCUGUGACUUUUCCUCCCACUCUUGGCCUCCUCCCUUCUU